CCCAGCGGCUAGGAGAGUCACGUGAGGGUGGGCGGUGGAUGUGGAGGUUUUCCUCCGCUGGUUUUUCGUCUCUAUGGUUGUCGGAGGUGUGCGUCUUUGACCCAGAAGCUUUGGGAGCUCCGGCGGACAGGAUGUUUCGUCUUAACUCACUUUCUGCGUUGGCAGAACUGGCCGUCGGCUCUCGAUGUUAUCAUGGCGGAUCACAGCCCACCCAGUGCAGGCGACGACUCAUGCUGGUGGCUUUCCUGGGGGCUUCUGCAGUAACUGCAAGUACCGGGCUCCUAUGGAAGAGGGCCCUUGCAGAAUCUCCCCCAUCUGUAAACAACCACAAGAGUGAAGUUGGUGAUAAAGGGAAGAAGAAAGAUGAAGGAGAAGUUUGUAACCACGAGAAAAAGGCUGCAGGUGUUUGCCUUGAGCCUCAUCCAGAAGAGAAAAAGAAGAAACGUUCUGGAUUCAGAGACAGAAAAGUGAUGGAAUAUGAGAAUAGGAUCCGGGCAUAUUCCACACCAGACAAAAUCUUCCGAUAUUUUGCCACCUUGAAAGUAAUCAGUGAGCCUGGUGAAUCUGAAGUGUUUAUGACCCCGCAGGAUUUUGUGCGCUCCAUAACACCUAAUGAAAAACAACCAGAACACUUGGGUCUGGAUCAAUAUACAAUAAAACGCUUUGAUGGGAAGGAUUUCUGGCAGACAGAGAAAAUUGCCCAGGAACGAGAAAAAUUUGCUGAUGAAGGCAGUAUAUUUUAUACCCUCGGAGAAUGUGGACUCAUAUCCUUUUCAGACUACAUUUUCCUUACAACUGUUCUUUCUACUCCUCAGAGAAAUUUUGAAAUUGCCUUCAAGAUGUUUGAUUUGAAUGGAGAUGGAGAGGUAGACAUGGAGGAGUUUGAACAGGUUCAGAGCAUCAUCCGCUCCCAAACCAGUAUGGGUAUGCGCCACAGAGACCGUCCUACCACCGGCAACACCCUCAAGUCUGGCCUGUGCUCAGCCCUCACGACCUACUUCUUUGGAGCUGAUCUUAAGGGAAAGCUAACAAUCAAAAACUUCCUUGAAUUUCAGCGUAAACUUCAGCAUGAUGUUCUGAAACUAGAGUUUGAGCGCCAUGACCCUGUGGAUGGGAAAAUUACUGAGCGGCAGUUUGGCGGCAUGCUGUUGGCCUACAGCGGGGUGCAGUCCAAGAAGCUGACCGCCAUGCAGAAGCAGCUCAAGAAGCACUUCAAAGAGGGAAAGGGUCUGACAUUUCAAGAAGUGGAGAACUUCUUUACUUUCCUAAAGAACAUCAAUGAUGUGGACACUGCAUUAAGCUUUUACCAUAUGGCCGGGGCAUCUCUUGAUAAAGUGACCAUGCAGCAGGUGGCCAGGACGGUAGCUAAAGUGGAACUCUCAGACCACGUGUGCGACGUGGUGUUCGCACUCUUUGACUGCGAUGGCAAUGGGGAGCUUAGCAAUAAGGAAUUUGUCUCCAUCAUGAAGCAGCGGCUGAUGAGAGGACUAGAGAAGCCCAAAGACAUGGGCUUCACCCGCCUCAUGCAGGCCAUGUGGAAAUGCGCACAAGAAACGGCCUGGGACUUUGCUUUGCCGAAACAGUAACCCAGAACUGCAAGAGGGGCCUCCUCCUCCACCCAGGUCACCCUGGCCCCUUGAGCAGAGCCUUGGCACAGUCUUUCCUGCUGCUGCUUCUGGAAGUAGGGCUCCCUUCCUCCUGGGAAUGAUCUCGGGAAUCAACCAGUCUUCCCCCUCCCCCCUUCCCCUGUCCCAGCGCCUCUGCUCGGCUCUGAUGCUACCCAGUGAUUAUCUGCCGACAUUCUCAAAAUCAUGAACAAGUCCUAAAAGUUCAGCCUUUUGGCACCUUCAUCAGCACCACACAUUCAGACACCCUGUGGAUAAAGAAUGCAGGGGACCAUCCACGUACCUGCCAGCCCUGGGAAACACCCAGUUUUCGAGUCAUUCUUGCUAUGGAUUCACGUUAAGAACAUUCCUUGCUUUUCCUCCUGCUGGUAUUCUUAAGCCACAAGUUGGGAAGACCUCUGAAAGGCAAAAGGAAGUCUGUGGCGAAUGGUCAUGAAGAGCUGGUCCCCCUGAGCUGGUGGGAAGCCUGGGCCAGAGGAAGGAUCCAUGUCGGCCCCCAGGGUGGCCCUGAGGCCUGCUCCGAGAAGGUGAUACGCACAGUGGGAAUGGAGGAAGACUUGGAGUGGACAGCAGCUGCUUCAUGGCUCUCUCCAAGUCCCCUCUUUUCCUGCCAGGCUCCCUAAUAGGGCUCCACCAUGACUGUGCCUAAUGAGCAUCAGUGAUUAAGUUCAUGUUCCCUGCAAGUGCCACUUCCCCUCCAGGAAUGUGCCUCUGCAGCCGAGGCCUGGCUCAGAGUCUGUCUGCCCUCUGUCUUAAACCCUUGUAAAAUAUCACUUUCAUUAGAACAGUUUGCAAUAAACUCCCCCCACCAAAG